CAUUUUCCGCACUUAGCAUUUAUUCACUUAUCCUCAGCUUAACUCGCACGACUCGCCCUCUCUCUCGCCGUCUCCGUCUCCGUCUCCGUCUCACUUGCUCCUUUGACACUUUCGUCUCCGUCGAUCCAGUUGUGAUCGACUGUUCUUCGUUGACGGGAACGGUUUAUAAUUGAGUGAAGCAUGGGGUACAAGGAGGUCUUUGCAGGUCUCCAGGAGAUUUUUCCACAGGUUGAUUACCGCAUAUUGAAGGCUUUUGCUAUUGAGCAUCCUAAGGAUAUUGAUGCUGCAGCUGUGUCUAUUGUAGAUAUUCUGCCUUCUCUUACCACAUCUUACGAUACAUCAUGCACUGUGCAAGAUACAAAUGAAGUAAAGCAUCCCUCAACCUCAGCUGAAAAGGUUAAAGAGCCUAUGCUUUCUAGACAUCAGGAAGAUGAGGAGCCUACAAGUCUGAAAAAGUCAUUGGCUGGUGAAGAUACAGUUUCUAGUGGCAGUUUCAGUUCUGAUAACAGGGUGCCAUCAUGCUUUGUGGAGCAUGAUUCCAGGGAGCCGCAGGUUAGCUUUGUAAAUCAUUUGAAGGAACUGGAACGUCCAACAUCAGAUGAUCAUGUUUCCAAGGAGCUGAAUGAACAUUCUGACUUCAAUCUAAAUGCCAGGGAGAAUGGAUUUGAUCUAAACCUUGUGGAAAAAGUCACUCUUCCUUCAAAGCUUUAUGAGUUUGAGGAGUUUGUAGACUCUCAUAAUAAUCUAAGCCAUGAUGAUGAGUGCCCUUUUGAUCAACCUGUGGUGCAGCAAUCAUCAAUUAGAAAAUCAGAUACUGGCGAUUUUCACCAUGAGUCUGAGACAUUCCAUAAUCUAGAUUCCUCAGUACCAGCUUCAUUUCAAAUUAAUGAUCCACAUUCACCAUUUGAAUCAAAAAAUAUGGUUUCAGAUUUUAUAGCCAGGGAGAAAGUAAUGAGUGUUGGGAAUUUCUCGCUAAAUUGUUCCAAUGAACAAUUAGGAUAUCCAGUUCAGCCUCUCAGGACUCAGAACCUCUCUGAAUUGGAAACUGAUGAUGUUGUUUUAGAUUUUCAUAUCUCAAAUGCUGAUAUUAAAGUUUGUGAAACAAGAGAUUUUAAAAACCCACAAUCUAAGUCAUCUGAUGAGGGUGCUGCUGAGAAUGGGGUGCUCCUUGCUAAUGCUGAUAAUCCAUGUACAGGUCUGCUUACACGAUCAGGUCAUUUUGUUGACAUUGUGGAUCUUCGAGAUCUCAUUUCAGAUGCUAAAAGCAGCAAGGUAAAUUUGUUUUCUGCUGUGGAAUCGAUGACUAGUGUGAUGAAAGAGGUAGAGCUUCAUGAGGAGAGGAGCAAGCAUGCCAAAGAAGCAGCCUCAAGUGCUGCUGAAGAUAUUCUUUCCGAUGCAGAGGAACUUAAAAAGAUUCUAAUACAUGCAAAGGAAGCAAAGGACAUGCAUGCUGGAGAGAUUUAUGGUGAGAAAGCUAUAUUAGCAACUGAGGCUCGAGAACUCCAAUAUAGACUCUUCGGUUUGUCAAAUGACACAAAAAAAUCCCUUACACUGAUUGGGGAGAUUCAACAAACCCUUGAAGCGCGCCUAGCUGCUGUGAAAGUCGAAAUUGCAAUAGCUGAACAAGAGAAACUUGAAAAGGAAGUAGCAGCUGGUAGGAUCCUAAGCGAACAGGAAGCCAUUAUGGCUUCAGUAGUAGAAGAAUCCAAAAAGCUGCAAGAAGAAGCAGAAGUGAACUCCAAGAUAACGGAGUUUCUGAUGGACAAUGGCCACGUGGUUGAUGCUCUCCAAGGUGAAAUUGCUAUCAUCUGUGAUGACAUCAUGCUGCUAAAAGAAAGAAUCGAUGGUGGUCUACCAUUUGGUAGAUCUCUGCGUUCAUUAGCUUCAAGCUUCUCUGGUUCUUUGAGCUCAUCCUACAAUAGGAGCAAACAUUCGUCGGAGGAGAUGCUCAAGCACGAAGAUAUUGCAGAGAAGCAUUCGACUCAAGAUGAUCCUAUGACAACGGUGAAGUCUUCAAUCGCCGAGCAAGAGCAAGCCGAGAAAAGUAGUGAAAAUCAUGGGACAUUCACAGAUGGCUGGGAAAUUCUGAAAGAUGGAGAAUUCUGAGUACAAUUUUGAUAGCUCGUCCUGAACAUUUUUUCUCUCUCGAUUUCAAUGUAAAUAAAUUAUAUUUCUUGCUAUAGGAGUGCAAGUAAUUUACUGAUAAAUUUAUUCAUUUUGGAUAUUUGAUUUUAAUAAAACUAUGGAGAAGGCAGAAGUUUCAUUAUUUA